GAUCGUAUGACAUGUAAAAUCUGCGAUACUUCAACUCCAGCCCCUCGCUUUCACCAUAGAUGUCAACUACACGGACAAAUAGGAUGUCUUUGUUUUUAUGUUUGCGGCUCGGCGUUGGUGCAAGAAAUGACUGAUUUUUUGUAUAGCAAUAUUUAUCUUCAUUAGAAACAAACAAGAGACAGUAUCCACAAAGAAAUGGACCACGAAUUUGAGGACAUAGAUUCAGAAGGCCGGUGGCAGAACCUUUACAUAGAAAUACGCAAUCAGUCUCAGGAUUGUCCUUUCAAAGUGGCGAAGUAUCCUGAGAAUCGGAACCGCAACAGAUACCGGGAUGUGAGUCCAUUUGAUCACAGUCGGGUGAAACUGGGAAACACAGAGAAUGACUACAUUAAUGCAAGCUUGGUUGAAAUGGAAGAAGCCCAAAGAAGUUAUAUCCUUACUCAGGGCCCCCUCAGGAAUACCUGCGGUCAUUUCUGGCUUAUGAUCUGGCAACAGAAGACCAAAGCAGUAAUUAUGCUGAACAGGGUGAUCGAGAAGGGCUCCGAGAAGUGCGCCCAGUACUGGCCGACAGAAGAAGAGCCCGAGAUGUCGUUUCGGGACACGCGCUUUGUGGUACGAUUGCUGUCGGAGUGUGUCAAGUCCUACUACACCACCAGGCUCCUGGAGCUGCAGAAUGCCAGUACGGGGGAGACACGAGAGAUUUACCACUUUCAUUACACAACAUGGCCUGACUUUGGUGUACCAGAGUCCCCAGCAUCCUUCCUGAAUUUCCUGUUUAAGGUGCGGGAAUCUGGCUCUCUGGGGACGGACCAUGGGCCUGCUGUGGUCCACUGCAGUGCUGGUAUUGGCCGGUCUGGAACCUUCUCCCUGGUGGACACCUGCCUCGUACUGAUGGACAAACAGAAAGACCCAUCGUCUGUGGACAUUAAGAAGGUCCUGCUGGACAUGAGGAAGUAUCGCAUGGGUCUGAUCCAGACACCUGACCAGCUCAGGUUCUCCUACCUGGCUGUGCUGGAGGGAGCAAAGUGGAUCAUGGGAGACACGUCAGUGCAGAAACAGUGGCAGGAACUUUCCAGAGAGGACCAGGAGAGUGUAUCUGAGUCUCCACCCCCCCAGCCCGCUAAAUGUCCCUCAGAGCGCUACAAUGGUAGCAGGAUGCUCCAAACUGAUGAGGUCGGAGAGGCGGAGCCAGAGAGGAGGACAGCUUCUGAUGUCAAGGACACAGAUGGAGAUGGCUGCACAGCAAAGGGGGGGGUUUUCAUCUGUCCUAGUGCUCGCAAGAGGCAGAGAGAUGAGAAGAUGUCCAUCUCGACACAGAAGACUCCCCCAAAACCGUCCAAGCCCAGGAUGAAUGACCCUGAAAAGAAAAGAAAAAGAGCAAGAACAAACAGUGACAUCUAACUCUGGCAGCCUGAGCAGGGAUCUCCAGCCCAGAAUACUCCACCUCCUCCAGUGGACUUGGUCCUGCAUAGUUUUGUUUACAGCACGGACCACGAGAGGACGAGGAGCAUUUGUCCACACACACACACACACACACCAGCACCACUAUGGUAGACAACUCGCGUUUAGAGUGCAGGCCAUGGUUUCCUUUGGCUUUCUUUAUUUUUACCCUGUGCCCCUUUUUUUUAUUUCAUUCUAUUGUUUUGCUUGUUUCUCAGAGGCAGCAGGAUAUAAUAAUAUGUAGGCCUACUUAUUGCCAUUUUGUAUUGUCCCCCACAUUAUAUUUUUAGAAAAACCCUUUUUUCAGAGGCAAAAUGAAAUGCUCUAUUUUUUUAUAUAGAAAAUACUUAAAUUUCCUAUCAUCUCUGCAAGCGCUGAGAUUGAAGGUACUCAAGUCUUAUGCAGAGAAAAAGUUCCAUUGUUGCGUGCGAGCAUGAGUGUGUAUAGUGGUUUUUAAGCUAUGUAUGAAGCAGAAGUGUUUUGACUAUAAAAUUGAUUACAUUCUAUUUGCUUGAGGGGGGGGGGGGAAAAAAAAAAGUCUUAACAUUUCCUUAUCCAAAUAAAACCAAACUGGCACACUUAGUUUCUGUACCAG